AUGAGGACACAAGGUCAGCAAAUCUCGGACCGCCUGACGGUCGAGGUGGACUGCCACUCACUGGGACCUGCAGAUUGUCCCUCGAUGACCUCGAGUUUCUCUCCCUUGGAGUCGCCCACGCCGACUCCUACCAGUCUUUACAGCCACGGUUCUUUAACUUCUCCGAGCUGGCACGAAGCCGGUCACUAUCACAGUCUGCCCAUGGAGCGAAGGCCUUCCGGAACACCACUGCGAAAUGCCUUCCGUGUGACCGAUUUCCCCUCUGCGGACCCAAUGGGUAUGCAAGUCGGCACCAUGGAGCGCCCCGACCAGUUGCCUGUUUCGUCAGAGUACCUCUCCGGCUACGAUGAUAUCAACGACCAACUCUGGAUUCCUCACGAUUCCAUCCCCAAGACCUUUGAACACCCGACAUUCCCUUACCAGGCACCAAUGCCUCAGUAUCACCAUACCAUGGGCCGCAAUCAUUAUUAUCGGCCACAAGCCCACACUGCAUACCUGCCAGAGUCGGCGUCCAACCCGUGCCUGUCUCGUCCCAUGUUUAGUCGCCAUGACGGCUUGUCACACUCAGCCUCCAUGUCCAAUAUGUUGCCAUGGAUGACCGCUCCCGAGUCUCUUGCUCCCCAAACCAUCACACCUCAACAGGCCUUCCCCGGCGCGGGCCCUGUCACUCCCCCCUCUUCCAACUACUCUGAUUUCCCGGCCAGCUUGCAGACCUUCAAGCCUCACACUCCUUCCACGCCGGUGCGAUCCUUGUCGUUAGGAACUCCACGGAGUGACACUCCACAAAGCCGCAUGUCUGGCCAUUACGACUACUCCGAGGAAUAUCCAGUCUCUCCCGUCUACCGCGACGGGCACCUGAUCCGAACUCAUCGUCAACCCUCUCGCAAGCCGUCGAAGAAACAAUUAGUGCGAUCCAACUUGAGUCUGGAGAAACUACCCCCGAUUAUCAAACAGGUGCAGUUCAAGUGCAAGGAGCCAGGCUGUAAGGGGCGCUUCAAGCGUCAGGAACAUCUCAAGCGGCACAUGAAGAGUCACUCCAAGGAAAAGCCUCAUGUGUGCUGGGUGCCUGGCUGCCAUCGCGCCUUCUCCCGCAGUGAUAACCUCAACGCGCACUACACCAAGACCCACAGCAAGCGAGGUGGCCGGAAUCGUUACGUCGCGACUCUCGACGAGACCAGCCCCGAUUACGAUCCUGAGUUCCGAGGACAGCUCACGCCUGACGGUCGCCCCAUCUACGGCUCCAAGUUGGAGGAUCUUGCCGAUUGCGAUCUUAGCGUGGAUGGCUGGGAGGACUAG